AUGAGAGGCUGGAUAGAGGCUCCACUCGCCGCCUAUCUGCGGCCGCUCCUCAACCGCCUACGCCAACGCUGCGCACCCACUACCUUUGGCAAAAUAACUGACGAAGACACAUGGGCAACUUUAGAGCGGGCCCGCCAAGACGCCUCAAUGGCCCCCCCGCGAGACUUUGUACUAGCACAAGCCCCAACAUUGGAGCUCGACCCCCGUUUCGAGCUGACGGGGGCACGCCUCGAUGCCCUGACCCAAGCCCUAGCAUACCAUGGCAUACUAGAGCUCAGGGGAACUGAGACACGGCUUCGGACGCACUCACCUCCAAGCACCCCAUUGACGCAUGGAGCCAUAUGGACUAGCCUACGGCACCGAGAUUUUAGUAGGGCAUUCGCGGUUUUCCUCUGGAAAGUUAUGCAUGACGGCUUGAAAUGUGGCACUUACUGGGAUAAGAUUCAGGGAUACGAACACAGGGCCCAAUGCGGCAGGUGUGGACUGCCGGAGACAAUACAACAUAUCCUCUUCGAUUGUGAAGCCGUAGGACAGUCAUUGGUAUGGUCCAUAGUCGGCGGAAUAUGGAAAAAGAAAGCGCCUGAUGCAGAAUGGCGGGCCCUGACCCCAGCAGACUUUCUCUCGGUCGGCCUGAAAACGUGGAAGGACAACAAAGGACGAUUUCGGCCGGGCGCCACACGGCUCUGGAGAAUAAUGAUAUCUGAGGCCGCACACCUGAUCUGGAAGUUGAGGUGCGAGAGAGUUAUUGGACACGCCGAGGAAGACGACUGGGAACACAGUCAGCCCCUGGUUUGGAAUAAGCUGCAGUACGUGCUGAAUAGCCGAUUGGCACAAGAUGUCGAAUCAGUGCGACGGAAAUAUGGCGACUCUGCGAUAGACAGACGACUAGUUCUUGCAACAUGGAAUAGAACUCUACGGGACGAACCUGCGCUCCCGGAAGACUGGACAACAUGGAAAGGUUUUUAG